ACAGUUAGACACCUUUACGCGCUUGUCUACCGGCCUUCCCAUUGGUCGAAAUCGUUCAGGUACGACAAACCAAACCAGUCGACGUUCAACAGUCGUUCUAGGUUCGAAUCACCACGCGAAACACCUGGUUGGGCCCCAUUUUGGACUCCACUAAAGCCCGAAAAUACGCCAAUUUAUUUUCUACAAAAAUUCGUACGUUGUUUAGUGUUUUAUCGUCGGUUCUGUAGUGUUUUUUUCGUGGUUAGUGUUCCAGGUACGACUCCCAAGGUCGUACAUUCUCAGGUGUGCUGAAUAACGGGGUGUUCGAACAGGUUGUUGUUAUUCUGUCCUCUCACGUGGCAACAAAUAUGGCUGACUCUUCCACUACAGUACUAUCCGGUACAACAAAAAAAUAUUUACAUUAAAUCCAGGCGAAAGAGAAUGAGGACUGAUAGAGGUUUUAGAGGAAAUAAGAGUACCUAGAAUGAGUAUCAAGGGGCUGAACAUGAUGGGGUCCCCUAACCACGUGUGCGUACUGUAUUUAGCAACGGCAGGGCUUCAGGGUGCUCUGAUGGGGUCUGAUGAACAAGAAAUAGUGCUCUUAAUUUAUGUGAUAGUGGAUGUUAUACAGAAUAAGGUUGUAGGAGUCCAACAGUACCCUGUGAGGCCCACCGGAGUCCCUAAUCAGAACGGCGUAGGGGACCCCAACGGAAACGCCAUCAUAGGCGAACAACUUUUGACAGAAUCGACUUUGACAGACGAUGUCAUAAGAACAGCCGGUAGAAGACUAGAAGACGCAUUGGUAGAAUUUGACGCAUACUGUUCGUCGUUACACCUUGAUCCGUACAGCCCCUUAUUUAGGAUUAUAACUGACGGACAACUUCCUAUACGUCAGUGUCUCCAUCCGGAGGCUUGGCGAAAGGAAUUUGAACUACCUACUUAUUAUAAUUCAUUUCACGAUGUCCGGAAAGAAGUUGCCGCGUUUUUACACAAAGAUGAAGUUCCUAGUAGCAUUGCUGACAUUCUGGAAUUGUUACAAGUGAAAGCAGAGACAGACAACGAGUUUUACAAGAAAGAAGCUAAAGAUAUGGUUAACAUAGUGCAAAGGUUAAUAAUGGAAGGUCACAGAUUUGAACUUUUAGAGACUGUAAAUCUAGUUUUGGAGCCUGGUAUUUUAUCCAAAGACGAUGAAAUUGACACAAACUGCGUAGUAAGAGCGAGAGGCUUGCCUUGGCAAAGCAGUGAUCAAGAUAUUGCCAAGUUUUUCAGAGGUCUCAAUGUUGCCAAAGGCGGCGUAGCUUUGUGUCUGUCAAACAUGGGCCGACGUAACGGUGAAGCCCUGGUCCGAUUCGAAUCCCAAGAGCAUCGCGACAUGGCUCUGCGCAGACACAAACAUCACAUGGAGCUGCGCUACAUCGAAGUCUACAGAGGAACCGGCGAAGAUUUCCUCGCAGUAGCAGGAGGCAGCAGCGGGGAAGCCCUGGCCUUCCUAAGCCGAGGUGCAUCCGUUAUAGUCCGUAUGCGCGGUUUACCUUACGAUUGCACUGCGCAGCAAGUGUUAGACUUUUUUGCCGCAGGAGAGAACUCGUGUACAGUCCUUGACGGGACUGAAGGAGUAUUAUUUGUUAGAAAACGAGAUGGUAGAGCAACGGGUGAUGCUUUUGUGCUAUUUUCUGAUGAGUCUGAUGCCCCUAAAGCACUAGCAAAGCAUAGAGACGUCAUUGGUUCGAGAUACAUCGAACUAUUCCGUUCAACAACCGCGGAAGUCCAGCAAGUGUUAAAUAGGUCAUUACAGGAACCAUCUUCGAAUUCUUCAGCUGUUAAUAUCCAGUCUCUGCCUCCUAUUCCUCAGCUACCAUCUCCUGGGUUUCCCUUACUUCCUCAGCAUUACAUAACAUCAGGAACACGAAAGGACUGUGUACGCCUCCGUGGUUUACCCUAUGAAGCUCAGGUGGAACAUAUUCUGGACUUUUUGGGGGAGCAUGCUAAGAGUAUAGUGUUUCAAGGAGUGCACAUGGUGUAUAAUGCUCAAGGACAGCCCAGUGGUGAGGCUUUUAUCCAGAUGGACUCGGAAGCAUCGGCGUUCUCGGCAGCUCAGCACAAGCAUCAUAGGUACAUGGUGUUUGGGAAGAAACAGAGAUACAUUGAGGUAUUUCAAUGUUCUGGAGAGGAUAUGAGUCUAGUACUGACAGGAGGUCUUCCUGGUCCGCCGUCACCCGCCACCGCCGCCGCCAAAACCACAGCGCCCGCCCCCGCUCCGCCCGCUGCCGCCCUUCUGACACCGCCUGGUAUGUUGCCGUUGCCAGGAGCGGCCGCUCUUACUGCCGCACCGCCGCCCCUCUGGGACCCCGCCCUCUUGCAACUACAGCAACAAGCGCAACAGGCGCAGCUGAUCGCGCAGCAGAGCCUCCUGGCGCGUCAGACGGCUGCGCAGGCUCAUAACGAGAUGUUGCUGAUGGCGCAUCACGCCUUCGCGGGUCAGGCGUCUGUCGCCCCUCCGCCGCAAUUAUCGCCAGGGGCUGCUAAAACUCAAGGGCACUUGAUGCCGCAACUUCUUAGUGCGGGACAGUUUUUUAUGCUGCCGCCUGGUGCUAGGUUGCCGUUGAUGCAAACCAGGGCGCCGUACGCUCCACAUUUGCUGACAGGGGCUGCACAAAUGCCGCUGGUGCAGCAUGUGGCCGUUAAGAGAAGCUACGGGGAUGCUUUUCAGGAGCAGGCAGGUUCUGCUAAGAGAGCUUACGUGCCUACUACGGCUGCGGCAGGUCCUGCUCAGAUUUAUCAGCCUUUUUAUCCUAAUAUGCAAUAGUCUCGUCGUUCUUGAAGUCAUUUUUUAUGAAAUUUACACUAUUUAAGUAUAACUAUUUUAAAACAUUUAGUCAUGUACAUUUUCCAACAAUGAAUUUCGGACAUAAUGACAGGACAAAAAUGAUAUUGAUAUUAACAUUAAAAUAAAAAUUCUAUAGGCCUUAUGUUACAACCAUUAGAAAAAGUAAGUCAAACCUUUUAAAGUGCCUUACUUGUGUUCAGUGCUUUCCUGUAUUAUAUACACAGGAUAUACUUUAGAAUUCUGCUUAAAGAAUAUACUUUUUUAUUUUUGUAAAUAUAGCUAAUUGUUAUUUUUUAUAAAAAUACAGAACACUCAAUGAAAGUGGUUUAAAAAAUAAAAAAAAACAGGACAAUAUGUUAGAAUAUACUAAUAACUUGUUAUAAUUACCCUUUGAAGAUGGUAGCUCUAUUUUUUAUACUUCGAUAUAUUUUUAAGUCUCUAGUCGAUAAUGUUUAACUUUUAAGGAAAUUUUGUGCGAAAUUUUUCAAUCAUACCCCGUAGUGUUCGGUUUCCAUGACGACGAGAUUAUUGUACCAGAAUCGUUCAAUAAAUAAUUUCUUUUGAAUUAUUUGCAGGAGUUGCGUUUCAGAGGGGCUAGUUGCGGAGAUGUUUUUACUGUAGUUUUAAGUAAAAAGGGUAUGGAUUUAAUAAUUUUGUGACAAAUAAUUGAAACAUAGGCGUUAAUAAAUACCUUUUCUAUUGGUUAGGUUUUUUGGGACCAAUAUUAUAUUAACCAAAUGUGAUUGAAUGUACAUUCCAUAAUUCUAUAGUGUUUUUUUUUGUUGGACAAUAUUUUUGCUUUUAUUUCAUGUCAAUAACAAGACUAACGAAAUCUACAGGGUAAUUCACAGCGACGGUGAUUUAUACAUGAAUAGAGAAUUGGUGAGAAAUCCAAAUUUUUGAAAUAAUCACCCAUUCUCCAUAAAUGUCUUAACGUAUCAUCGACCGUUGGAAUCACCCUGUAAUUAAUUGGGUUUAGGUUAGAUAGAUAUUUUCUUACUAUAUUUGGUAUAGGUUAUAUUUCGCUCUGUGCAUCUAAAUAUGACCUAAAAUAAAUAAUACCUGGGUUAUACGAAAAUAUCUGAUUGUUUAAAAGUAUUUUUACAUAAAAAAUCGUAUGGUCUUGGUAUAGUGAAGUUGGCUUUAUAAGUAAUGUCCAUGUUUCUUGUUAUUGGAGAUGGGUGUUGUUAAAAAAAGGAUGGAUCUUAUAGGGGGAGGUCUAAAAGUUUGCUUCUCAUAGGUCUAUUCCCUUUAAUAUAAAUAAGGGUAAUCAAAUUCAAACCCCACUGUUGGGAUCUUGAAAACUAUAGGAGAUACAACGAUGGUUAAAUUAGGUCAAAAUUGUGCAUUAAUGUGCCUAAUAAUAUGCCGUUUACAAACAUUAAAUUCCGAGUAGUUCAAGAGAUAAGCCCGAUAAUUGAAUAUUUUAAUUUAAUUAUUUUAUGAUUUGACAAAACUAAAAGCACAUUUCCAUUGCCAUUUUUUUUAAGUACACAACAGUGUUUUCAAGUUUGUCACACGACGUUUCGGCUUUGGUUACCAUCAUCAACUUUUAUGUUUUCUUAUAGGCGCCAUAUUAGAUUUUUACUUUAAUUAAUCUUCAAUUUUUAUUUUCAAAUAUCUCCGGAACUACUCUGAAUUUUAAAUGUUUCAGUUGCAUUGUAGGCACAUUACUGCAUAGCGUUGCUCUAAUUUAACCAUCCUCGGUAUCCCCUAUAGUUUUGGAAAUCCCAAUGGUGGGGGUUGAACUUGAAUUACACUGUAUUUUUUGGUACGUUUUACAAAAGAACAUAGUAAGUAAGAGUUUAUUUAAAUAUUUUUUUACGCAAAAAAAUUUUUCUUUUUUGAUAUGUUUUGUACAAAUUUUUUGCGUGUA